AAAAAUCACAUGCAUUCUAUGCUUACUUUGCUUCUAAAAAAUUACAUCAGAGUUAUGCAAUUCACGCGAUCGUUAGCAUCUUUGAGGUCCUGGAUGGGGGUGGUCGAAGAUUCUCACGUAGGUGUAGAGGGGCAAAUAGAUAUAUUCUCAAGCUUCGAGUUCUAUUCAUGAGAGAGAUGGACUUAAAUCUUGUGGGUUGCUAGAAAUGAAGGGGUUGCUUUUGAGACGCUAUAAAUAGAGGAGGCAUCCACUUCCACAUUGCUCAACAAGUGUCCUAAAUACUUCUUUCAAAGUUCUCUCUCUAUCUCUCUCUCUCUCUCUCGUUAUUUUGAGUUAGCCAUGGCACGAGUGUUGGAGCCUUUGAUUGUUGGGAGGGUUAUAGGAGAAGUUCUGGAUUCUUUCGAACCGAGCAUGAAGAUGAUGGUGACCUACAACUCUAACAAGCUCGUCUGCAACGGCCACGAGUUCUUUCCCUCUGCGGUCGUAGCAAAGCCCAGAGUGGAGGUUCAAGGUGGUGAUAUGAGGUCCUUCUUCACACUGGUCAUGACGGAUCCUGAUGUGCCUGGCCCUAGCGAUCCUUACCUCAGAGAACACCUUCACUGGAUUGUGACUGAUAUCCCGGGCACGACUGAUGCUUCAUUUGGGAGGGAGGUGGUGGCGUAUGAGAGCCCGAGGCCCAACAUAGGCAUCCACAGGUUCGUGUUCGUCCUCUUCAAGCAGAAGAAGAGGGAGACCGUGAGCUCCUCCCCUGGCUCCAGGGACCGCUUCAAGUUUGCAGAGAAGAACGACCUCGGCCUCCCUGUCGCGGCCGUCUACUUCAAUGCUCAGAGGGAGACCGCAGCUCGCCGGCGUUAGCCUCCGGUCAAUCAAAUUCCAGUUCAGCUUAAUCACUCGUGAUUUAUAUAUAUAUAUAUAUAUAUGCACCUGUGUUAGUUACAUUAAUUUACAUAAAUUGGAGCAAUGUACGCAUGAAUGGGAGUUUGAAUAUUAUGUCAGGUGAGCGCUACGUGUCUCUUGGAGGAGGGUGGUCUGCCCACCAGCUAUUAAAAUUGUAGUAAUGCCGCUAUUAUUUUGUACUGAAGUGUCCUGGUCAUUGAUGGUUGUUUGUAAUGCUGCUAUUAAAAUUGUAAUAGAUUUGUAGUGCUGCUUUUAUUUUGUACUGAAGUAUCUGGACACUUUGAUGGU